AUGGCUGCCUUGGGGGACGAGGUGCUGGAUGCUUACAUGUACCCGGCGUGCGCCCCCUACUCGUACGCCUACUCCUACCCCUACCCGCCCGCUUCCAAGGGCAAGGGCGCCGCGGGCGGGGAUGGCUGGCGGCUCCGUGGCGGAGGCUGUCCUCCCGCCGCCGCUGCCUCGUCCUCUUUCCCGGCAGGGUCGGCCUCGUCGCCCUUUCCCGGCCACGGGCAGCUGACAGCCGCCGAGUAUUUCGACAGCUACCAGCGGGCGCAGCUCAUGGCCCUCCUGUCACAGGUGAGCCAGGGCUUGCGCCCGCGCAGGCCCGCCAACCGCGACGUGGCGGUGCAGGUGAAUCCGCGCCGCGACGCCUCGGUACAGUGCUCGCUGGGGCGGCGCACGCUGCAGCGCAGGACCCGGGACCCCGGCACUCCUGCCAGCCCCGGCUCCGAGGGCGCGGCGGGAAGCGACCCGUCCUCCCCUCAGCCCACCCGCCGGGGCCCGGAGCAGGGUAGCCCCCGCAGCGGUACCUUGCGGCCCGUGCGCUUUCCGCGCACGGUCGCCGUGUACUCGCCGGUGGUCUCCCGCCGCCUCACUGCUUUCCUGGAGGGGGCUGAAGCCGUGGCGGACGAGGAGAGCCCCGGGGCAACGAAAGGAGAGCGAGACGCGUCACCCGCGAAGCCCCCAGGCCGGGAAGAGGGAGAAGUGUCGGCGAGGAAGGCUUCCCAACGGCGGCGAUCCGAGGAGAAGGACGACGACGAUGAGGCCCAAGCCCCGGUGGGGGCGUCCUGGGAUCAGCUCAUCGACGGGCCCAGGCUGCCGCCGCGGGAGGCCGGUGACCGCAAGGCGGCCCCGCAGCCCUCGCCAAAGAGUCCAGAGCAGACUCGGGCGGGGAAGACUCAGGACAGCAGGGAGACCACCGCUGCGUGCGAGAGGUCGUCACUGCGGAGCGUUGAGCCUGGCAAGGAGCGCCUGCGCUUCCAGUUCUUAGAACAGAAAUAUGGCUAUUAUCAUUGCAAGGACUGCAACAUCCGGUGGGAGAGUGCGUAUGUAUGGUGUGUACAGGGCACCAACAAGGUUUACUUCAAACAGUUUUGCAGAACUUGUCAGAAGUCUUACAACCCUUACCGAGUGGAGGAUAUUGCCUGCCAAAGUUGUAAGAGAACUAGAUGUUCCUGCCCAGUAAGACUUCGCCACGUGGACCCCAAACGCCCCCACCGUCAAGACUUGUGUGGGAGAUGCAAAGGCAAACGUCUGUCCUGCGAUAGCACUUUCAGCUUCAAAUAUAUCAUUUAG